GAGGAUGCAAAGAGGGAGGGAGUUCUUUGGGGAGGAAGGUGCUGCUGAGGCUUUGCUAGGCUGCCCAGUUACAUCCACUCAGACCUCCUCCUGGGUUUCCUUCCUCGCCUUUAGGAAAGAGGUUUGUGGGGUCUCCCCUCCCCUUCUUCCUCUUGCACCAUCCUUUGCCUCUUGCAAAUCGUCAAAAGAGGAGGAGGAGGAGGACUGCAGAAGCGAAUGGGGCACCAAGGAGGGCCCCGAGCCCCGACUGCCUGAUCAUGCCCACCUGCCCCCUCUUCUUCUGCCCCAUCGCCAGCUGCCAGCCCUUCAGGCCCUCAGCAGGACGCUGGACAGUCUCAGAAGAAAAUUAAAAUAAAGCUGUUGCCAGGAACCAGGACUGACAUUACCUGCUCAAGGAAGAAUGCCUCUUAGGCACAGAAGACUAGGAGCCCUCUGUUUACUCUUGGGGGCUUUCACAGGGUAUUUCUGUGAGGAGUGCAGAGAAGGUGCCAAAUACUCCGAUGCCAUCAUAUCUCCCAAUUUAGAAACAGCUAAAAUUAUGCGGGUCCCCCAUGCUGUGUCAAUGUCAGACUGCUCAGCAGCUUGUUGUGACCUUUCUGACUGUGACUUGUCCUGGAUGUUUGAGCGGCAUUGCUACAUUGUCAGCUGCCAACACAAAGGGAAUUGUGAGCCCAAGAAAAUGGAGAAGGUGAAGUCCUAUUUGACCUUCGUGCUGAGGCCUCCGCAGAGGUCAGAUGCAUUGCUGGGUUAUGGGCAGAUGUCAUCAAACAUGAUCCACUCUCUUGCACUACAGGGUGACCCCUCAGAGGAGAUUAGUAAUCUGAAGGAACUGUCUUUCCUCACCAAAGAGCACAGUCUUGAGGAAGUACAAGACUACUCAGAGGAAUAUGGUGAGGUUGAGCAGAACCCCUUUCAGUUGAGCUUCAAGCAUGAAGAAAAGGAGGGUGUCGACUAUACUGACUGGGGCUUGAUGGGGACUACAGAAAAUGGCAUCAAUGGUUCAGGGAUCAGUCAUGUAGACAAGCAUGAAGAACUGGCAGAAAAUGAGAAAGAGAAAUUACCAUUGAAAAACCCAACAAAUAUAAAUGAAUCUGAGAGAAAUCCUGUCACUGAAUAUCCUGGAGAGUUGCCAGAGGUUACUUUAGGCCUUAUGGAGAAAUCGAUCAAUGAAUUACAUUUUCAACACUCUAAUGAAGCCAACCACACCUGGCAGGAAGAGGUUCUAACACCUUCCCAUAAUCCUCCUCCUUCAGACAUCCUAGGAUUUCUCUCCACCACAACAGCACAAACUGAAACAACAAAUGUAGAUAAUCUUGUACAAGAUGAAACCACAUCAUUUCCUACCAGUAUCCCUGCCACAGAUAAAUUACCAUAUCCCUCAAUUACUACCAAAGCAGUAAAAGAACUCCUGGUGUCAGCUGGAGAUAAUCUACAAAUCACUUUACCCAAAAGUGAAGUUGAAUUGCAUGCAUCAGUAGUUAGACCAUCCCUUUCAGAAACAGCUUAUAAUUAUGAGUGGAGCUUGAUCACUCACCCUGAGGACUAUGAUGGUGAAAUGGAAGGCAGGCAGACACCGAUCCUGAAACUUUCAAAACUGUCAGUAGGUUCCUAUCUCUUCCAAGUGACUGUUACUGCUAAAAAUGCAUUUGGAGAAGGAUUUGUAAAUGUCACUGUCCAACCAGCAACCAGAAUAAAUCAGCCACCUGUUGCUGUUGUGUCUCCCAAAGCACAGGAGAUUUCCUUCCCGACCACUUCCACUUUCAUUGAUGGGACUCAAAGUACAGAUGAUGCCAAAAUAGUGAGUUACCACUGGCAGGAAAUUGAGGGUCCCCAAAGAGAAAGGAAGGCAUCAGCUGAUACACCUGUUUUACACUUGUCUAACCUUGUUCCUGGCAACUAUACAUUCAGGCUAAUGGUAGUUGACUCCGAUGGAGCAGCUAACUCCACUUUAGGCUUUUUGAGAGUCAACAAACAAGUGGAUUUUCCUCCUGUUGCCAAUGCAGGACCAAAUCAGGAAAUCAGCUUGCCUCAAAACACCAUCACACUGAAUGGAAGCCAGAGCAAAGAUGAUCAUGAGAUUGUUGGCUACGAGUGGUCUCUGAGUCCCAAAAGCAAAGGCAAACUGGUCACAAUGGAGGGGGUGAGGAGUCCAUAUCUCCAGUUAUCUUCAAUGGAAGAGGGAGACUAUACAUUCCAGUUGACUGUCACUGAUUCAGCUGAGCAGCAAUCCACAGCUGAAGUCACAGUAGUUGUCCAGGCUGGGAAGAACAGCCCACCAAGAGCAGUGACUGGUCCAGAUAAGGAGUUGACAUUUCCUGUCCAAAGUGCUAUUCUUGAUGGAAGCAUGAGCACAGAUGACUUUGGCAUUGUUUACUAUCAUUGGGAGAAUAUCAGUGGGCCAAGCUCUUUGCAAAUGGAAAAUGUUGACAGUGCCAUAGCAACUGUCACAGGCCUGCGGGUUGGAACCUAUUAUUUCAGGCUGACAGUAAAAGAUGGUCAAGGACUAAGCAGCAGUGCCACCCUUUCUGUGACUGUUAAGGAGGAAAGAAACCACCCACCCCAGGCUCAUGCAGGGGGCAAACAUGUACUUGUUCUUCCCAAUAACUCAAUAGCUUUGGAUGGUUCACAAUCUACUGAUGACCAAAGAAUUGUGUCUUAUCUUUGGAUUCGGGACGGCCAGAGCCCAGCAGCUGGAGAUGUGAUACAUGGUUCAGACCACGAUGCUAUAUUGCAGCUAACUAAUCUUGUAGAAGGGAGCUAUACUUUUCACUUGAAAGUCACAGAUGAUAAAGGCGAUUCAGACAUCGACACAGCUGUGGUGGAAGUGCGGCCUGACCCUAAGAAAAAUGGCCUUGUGGAACUGAUUUUGGAUGUUGGUGUGGGACAGCUGACAAAACAACAGAAAGACACUCUUGUGCGACAACUAGCAGUGCUCCUGAAUGUUCUAGAUUCAGAUAUUAAACUUCAGAAGAUACAGGCUUACUCUGAUAUUAGCACAGCUGUUGUGUUCUAUGUUGAGACUGGGCAUCCUUUCAGAGUGAUAAAGGCUUCAGAUGUUGCCCAGAUGCUACGUUUGCAACUCUUGAAGGAAAAACCUGAGUUCCUACUUUUCAAAGUCCUUCGCAUUGACACGGCUGCUUGCCUGUUAAAAUGCUCCGGACAUGGGCACUGUGACCCCAUCACCAAGCGAUGUAUUUGCUAUCAACUGUGGAUGGAAAAUUUGAUACAACGGUACUUAGACAACGGAGAGAGUAAUUGUGAAUGGAGUAUACUUUAUGUAACAGUAUCUGCUUUUGUUUUGAUUGUGCUGAUGGUGGGAUUAGGCUGGCUGUCCAUAUGCUGUUGCAAAAGAAAAAGAACCAAAAUAAGAAAGAAAACAAAAUAUACAAUUUUGGAUAAUAUAGAUGACCAGGAGAGAAUGGAACUCAGGCCCAAAUAUGGUAUAAAACACAGAAGUACAGAACACAAUUCCAGCCUGAUGGUGUCAGAGUCUGAGUUUGACAGUGACCAGGACACCAUCUUCAGCAGAGAGAAGAUUGAAAGAGAGAACUCACGGAACAGCAUGAAUGGCUCUAUUAAAAAUGGUGUCUCCUUCAGCUACAGUUCGAAGGACAGAUAAAUCAGCUGCAGUGAAAGGACAGGCUGGUCCUCCCUCUCUUUUUCUAAAGCUGUACAAGUGGCAGAUGGAAUGGUGAGCGCUCAGAAUAGCAGGAGGGAAACAGAUACAAUGGAUUGUUCUUUCAAUAAAUAUCUCGUCAUCUGGGAACGGUGGAGUGCCUAAAUUACUGGAGGUGGUGUUCCUGUAAUAUUACAUGGACAUUUAAAAGUUACUACUCAAAGCCAAGUUAAGACUGUUACAAUAAGAGGACUUCAUAUAAAAGCUUCCUUAUAUUGUUGUCUCCUAUAUAAAACAGUGGCUGUGCACCUAUCAGACAUCACUAAUGUCAGUAUGCAAAUUUACCUUAAUUAUUAAAAGCAAUGUGUGGCUACAUUA